CUAACCACCUCUGGAAAUUUUAAUCUCGGCCAUGGCGUCGGUGACGAGAGCUGCGACUUUGCUGCUUCUGCUGCUACUAAUGCAACAGAGCUCGGUCUUCUCAUGGAAGAAAGAUGAGUUCAGGAACUGUAACCAAACCCCUUUUUGCAAGAGAGCUCGAUCUAGAAAGCCCGGAUCUUGCACUCUCAUUGCGACCGAUGUCGCCAUUAAUGACGGUGACCUCACCGCCAAGCUCCAACCUAAGAAUGCUGAAGAAGCGAAAGGAGAACAAGAGGAGCCCGUGAAACCAUUGAUUCUUAAAUUAUCUGCGUAUCAGAAUGGCAUCUUGAGGUUAAAGAUUGAUGAGGAUCCGAGCUUGGAUCCUCCAAAGAAGCGAUUCGAGGUGCCCGAUGUGGUUCUGUCCGAUUUUGAUGACAAGAAGCUCUGGUUGCAGAGGGCUUCGACGGAGGUGCUUGAUGGCGAUUCUGCUCCUUCUUCGAUUCUUUAUCUCUCGGAUGCUUAUGAAGCUGUUCUUCGCCACGAUCCUUUUGAAGUUUACGUUCGUAAUAAAGGUGGUGAUCGAGUAUUGUCGUUGAAUUCACAUGGUCUCUUUGAUUUUGAGCAGUUGAGGAAGAAGAAAGAGGAUGAAGAUUGGGAGGAGAGGUUCAGGACCCACACUGACACCAGGCCUUUUGGCCCUCAAUCGAUUAGCUUCGAUGUAUCUUUCUAUGGAGCGGAUUUCGUUUAUGGGAUCCCAGAACGUGCUUCAAGCUUCGCAUUGAAGCCUACCAGAGGUCCAGGGGUGGAAUUUUCGGAGCCUUACAGACUCUUCAACCUUGAUGUUUUCGAGUACCUCCAUGAUUCUCCUUUUGGGCUUUAUGGAUCAAUACCUUACAUGCUUUCUCACGGCAAAGGUCACGGGACUUCUGGGUUUUUCUGGUUGAAUGCUGCUGAGAUGCAGAUUGAUGUUUUGGGCACUGGCUGGGACUCCGAGUCUGGGAUCGUUCUUCCUUCAUCUCAAGGUCGGAUUGACACGCUGUGGAUGAGUGAGGCAGGCGUUGUGGAUGCAUUCUUUUUCGUAGGUCCAGGGCCAAAGGAUGUUAUGAGACAGUAUGCUAGUGUUACUGGGACACUUGCAAUGCCACAGCAUUUUGCAACUGGUUAUCACCAGUGUAGAUGGAACUAUAGAGAUGAGGAGGAUGUUGAGCAGGUCGAUUCCAAAUUCGAUGAAUUCGACAUUCCCUACGAUGUCCUCUGGCUCGACAUUGAACACACUGAUGGGAAGAAAUAUUUCACCUGGGACAGGGUGCUCUUCCCCCAUCCUGAACAGAUGCAGAACAAGCUGGCUGCAAAGGGUAGGCAUAUGGUUACAAUUGUUGAUCCUCAUAUUAAGCGAGAUGAGUCCUUCCCCUUGCACAAAGAGGCUACCCAAAAGGGAUAUUAUGUGAAGGAUGCCACUGGAAAGGAUUUUGAUGGGUGGUGCUGGCCUGGUGCUUCUUCUUAUCCAGAUACAUUAAAUCCGGAAAUCCGAUCGUGGUGGGCUGAGAAGUUUUCUUUCCAGAACUAUGUCGGUUCAACUCCUUCCUUGUACAUUUGGAAUGACAUGAAUGAGCCUUCUGUCUUUAAUGGCCCUGAGGUAACAAUGCCUAGGGAUGCUCUACAUUAUGGAGGUGUGGAACACCGUGAGCUACAUAAUGCCUAUGGGUACUACUUUCACAUGGCUUCAACUGAUGGACUUUUAAAGCGAGGGGAUGGAAAGGACAGACCUUUUAUCCUGUCCAGAGCAUUCUUUGCUGGAAGUCAAAGGUAUGGAGCAGUUUGGACAGGAGAUAACUCGGCAGAUUGGGAUCAACUCAGAGUGUCAGUUCCUAUGAUUCUGACUCUAGGUCUUACUGGAAUUUCAUUCUCUGGUGCUGAUGUUGGUGGGUUUUUUGGGAAUCCAGAGCCUGAAUUGUUAGUCCGCUGGUACCAGAUAGGUGCCUACUAUCCUUUCUUCAGAGGUCAUGCCCAUCAUGAUACCAAAAGGCGAGAACCUUGGUUAUUCGGGGAGCGGAAUACGGAAUUGAUGAGGGAGGCAAUACGUAUACGUUACACAUUGCUCCCAUAUUUUUACACUUUGUUCAGAGAGGCAAACACAAGUGGGAUUCCUGUUGUGCGUCCUCUAUGGAUGGAAUUUCCUGUGGAUGAAGCUACUUUCAGCAAUGAUGAGGCUUUCAUGGUUGGAAACAGCCUUUUGGUACAAGGGAUCUAUACAGAGCAGGACAAACAGGCAUCAGUUUAUCUACCGGGGGGACAAUCUUGGUAUGACCUGAGAACAGGAAUCACUUACAAGGGAGGUGUAACUCACAAGUUUGAGGUUUCUGAAGAAAGCAUUCCGGCUUUUCAGAAGGCAGGCACCAUAAUACCAAGAAAAGAUAGGUCUCGCCGAAGCUCCACACAGAUGGUGAACGAUCCUUACACUUUGGUGAUUGCUUUGAAUGGUUCCCUUGCGGCAGAAGGUGAGCUGUAUGUUGACGAUGGGAAGAGCUUUUUAUUUGAGCAAGGGGCAUACAUCCAUCGUCGCUUCGUCUUUUCAGAUGGCAAACUUGCAUCUUUUAAUAUGGCACCUCCCACCUCUGGCAAGGUUCUCUUUACAUCCGAGUGUGUCAUUGAAAGGAUUAUAAUACUAGGGCUCUCCUCUCAGGCAAAAAGUGCUCUUAUUGAACCUGCAAAUUACAGAGCUGAUAUUGAAUCUGGACCCCUUAGUCUUCGAUGGAGAAGAAGCCCUGCUGUAUUUACCAUCCGUAAACCCAAUGUUCGGAUUGCGGAUGAUUGGAUUAUAAAGAUUUUGUAGGUGUAGCAAGAUUUAGAAAGGAGAAUUUUUAAAUAAUUUUUAUGCAAUCUGAAUGCCUUCUUGUU